AUGAUCGACGAGUUUACAAACCAAGGUCGGAAAUGCUGCGCAAUUCAAGCCGAUCUAUCAUCGGGAACCUGUGGAGAAUCAAUUGUCAGACAGGCUCUUCAAGGCCUUGGGGUUGGGACCAUCGAACUCUUGAUCAACAAUGCGGCCAUUGCUCAAACACCCGCCAGCGUUGAAGAACCGUUGGAUCAAGAUGAAUUUGAGAGGAUCAUGCACAUCAACGUACGAGCUCCUAUCCUUUUGGUCCAGGCAUUGCUUCCGCACCUAGGACCGCAUGGGAAUAGAAUCAUCAACAUUUCCUCAAUUGGUUCUAGGCUGAAUUUUCCAGGAUAUGGUGUUUAUUCAGCAAGCAAGGCCGCUUUGGAGUCUUUGACUCGUACAUGGGCUCGAGAACUUGCCGUCAAGAAUCAUCUCACUUGUAAUGCCGUUUUGGUAGGACCCACAGCGACACCUGACGCUCCCGACAGUGAUGCGAGGGCCGCUGCCAAGGGUCUUGCUACCGCCGAGCGGAGACUCGGAACACCGAGAGAUGUUGCGGAUGUGGUCGCCUGGCUUUCGGGAGAAGGUUCUAGGUGGGUGAAUGGGGAUUUGAUUGGAUCUAACGGGGGGGCUUUUAUGUCAUGA